GAUGACUUAUUUUCGCUUUUAGAAAUUUUCGCCAAACCUGGUUCUCAGGCACUGCCAAACGCCGUUCUGAGCGUCUCCACCUUCUUUUUUCUAAGCGGGUUCGUGCUGCCAUUUAUGGUGCCAAAUCCAAAGACUUCAACAAGCAGAAGAAGCAUAGGAACAGUAUACCUGGUGGGAAUCAUAAAACGAUACAUGAGGGUCACGCUGCCUACAAUGGCUCUGAUCCUGUGCUUCUACCUGGUGCCCCUGGUGGUGGACGGGCCUGCUGAUCAGGACAACUUAGCCCUGCACGAGCGAAACUGCAUACAGAGGCCCUGGGCCGUGCCAGCUCUCAUGAACAACUUCCUGCCACUGCACAUCAUGUGCCUCAACCAUUUGUGGUACGUUUGUGCUGAUCUGCAAAUAUUCAUUGUGGUCGGGCUUCCGAUGGCCCUGACAAUUUUAAGCGGCACUUCCGUCAUUCCUUCCAUCCCUUAG